CCCUGCCGCCUCCUCGCAGCCUCUCUCUUCCUUCUGGAAGAGCGUCCAGCCCCUGCCUGCUCCUCCCUGGGUCCAGGGCGCCUCCAAGGCACUUCCCUCCUGUGGCUGCCUCCUCCUCCUUCCCCCCCUUCCCCUUUCACCCUGUCCCUGCCCCGGCCUCUGCAAACAUGAGGGUCCUGGCCUGCCUCCUCGGUGAGUGACCCGUCCUCCUAAGGGACUCAGGGGUCCUGCGUUCUUGCCCUCUGACCCCUUCAUCAUCAAGUUCAGGGACUCAGACUUCCAGGACCCCAGUCCCUUGAGGAUCCAUCCUUCUUCGGGAUGCCCAGUCUCUCCCUCCUGGGGACCCAAGGGACCUGGCCCCUCCCCUUGGCCCUGACCCUGGGAUGGGGACCACUCAGCCAUGUGACCCUCAGCCAACCCCCUAGGGGAACACAAAGGACCUGGUCUCUAGCCCUGAUUUCAGGCGCCAGGACCUGACUCUGAUUCCAGCCCUCUGCAGUGGGGUUCCAGGUCUGAGAUGUGAGGACUCCGAGCGCACGCGCGUGCGUGUGUGCGCGUGUGCUUGUGUGUGUGUGUGUAUACACGUGCGCACGCGUGUUGGGAUAUUCCCAACAAAGGUCCCGCUAUGCAGAAAGGACCCCUCUUGGGUGGGGCCUGCCCCUCACUCUUUCCCACCCGUCAAACCCCUUGCAGCCGCUCUAAUGGGGAUCCAGGCUGUUGAGCGGCUGCUCCUGGCUGACGGCCCCCAUGAGUGCGCUGGCCGGCUGGAGGUGUGGCAUGCAGGGCGCUGGGGGACAGUGUGUGACGACGGCUGGGACCUGCGGGACGCUGCUGUGGCCUGCCGGGAGCUGGGCUGCGGGGGUGCGCUGGCUGCCCCUGGAGGCGCCUUCUUUGGGGAGGGCGCCGGGCCAGUGUGGCUCAGUGAGCUGGCCUGCCGGGGCAGCGAGGGGCGGCUGGGCUUGUGCCCCCACCGUGGCUGGAAGGCCCACAUCUGCUCUCACGAGGAGGACGCAGGCAUUGUCUGUGCAGGCCAGCGUGUGGCAGCAAAUUCCAGGGAAUCCGCCCCUCUUGUGGGUGGGGAUCUGUGGCUGGGGCUGUCCAGGGAGUUCAGUCCAGGGCCUGAGGUGCCCCCCACGACUUCUGUCCCCCGCCUGGUAGGAAGCUCCCAGAACAGUGGUGGCUCCCGAAAGAAGAGCCCCCGGCCACCCAAGCAGGCCAAGUCCACCAGGGCUCCUGUGCUGACCACCGGGGCUGCCCGCCAAGAACGGUUGCGGUUGCGGCUGGUCUCAGGUACCCACAGCUGUGUGGGCAGGCUGGAGGUGUGGCAUGCGGGACGCUGGGGGACAGUGUGUGACGACGGCUGGGACCUGAGAGACGCUGCUGUGGCCUGCCGGGAGCUGGGCUGUGGGGGGGCGCUGGCUGCCCCUGGAGGUGCCCGAUUUGGCCCAGGCUCGGGGCCCGUGUGGAUGGACGAUGUGGGGUGUGGAGGCGGAGAGCAGGCCCUCCGUGACUGUCCUCGCAGCCCCUGGGGUCGGAGCAACUGUGACCACAGCGAGGACGCAGGGCUGGUCUGCACUGGACCAGCACCCCGGCUGCGCCUGGCUGAUGGCCCCCACGGCUGCGCGGGCCGACUGGAGGUGUGGCACGCUGGGCGCUGGGGGACAGUUUGUGAUGAUGCCUGGGACCUGCGUGAUGCUGCGGUUGCCUGUCGGGAGCUGGGGUGCGGGGCUGCCCUGGCUGCCCCAGGAGGUGCCUUCUUUGGGGAGGGGGCCGGACCCAUCCUCCUGGAUGACCUUCGGUGUCGGGGCAACGAGACGGCCUUGAGAUUCUGCCCCUCAAGGGCCUGGAGCCAGCAUGACUGUCAUCACCGGGAAGAUGCUGGGGCUGUGUGUGAUGGCAUGCCCCUUGGCUAUGUCCCCCCAACGGCCCCCACAGCGGGCAACAACAAUUCAACCUCCAGGGCUCUGCCCCCAACGGUGACCCAGACCCUGUGGACAGCUGGCAUCUUACCUCCUCCAGCCUCCCCUACUGUCCCUCCUGAGCCCGGACCAGCAGCUGGGUCGCCCCACCUGCGCCUGGUGGCUGGACCCAGCAGGUGUUCAGGCCGUCUGGAGGUGUGGCACGACGGGCGAUGGGGAACGGUUUGUGACGACAGCUGGGACCUGAGAGACUCAGCUGUGGUCUGCCGGGAGCUGGGCUGUGGAGGGGCUCAGCAGCCAGACCCCCCUGCCGGUCGUUUCGGCUGGGGUGCAGGCCCCAUCUGGCUGGACGAUGUGGCCUGUGUGGGGACUGAGGCUUCGCUCUCCGACUGUCCCGCUGCUCCCUGGGGGAAGCACAACUGCGCUCACAAUGAGGAUGUUGGAGUCACCUGCACUGGGACCCCUGGCCUGGACUCCAUCUCAGAUCCAUUCAGUUGGAGCUGGAUCCCUGACCUAGGUGGAGAUCGGGAUGCCUGGCUCCCUGGGCAGCUGGCCACCAAGCCCUCUGCAAGGCUGAUCCCUAGUGCUCCUGAGAAAACAACCACUAAGGCCCCAGGGAAAAUGCCCAAGAGUACUAAAAAGUGGGUGACAAAAAAUGCAAGAAGACCAACCACUCAACCUCCGGUGAUGCCAACCACUAAAUACUCUAGGGGAUUGGGCACGCAAAAUCCCCUAGAACUAACCUCACGAACCACUACAACCAAGACCACUGAGGCCUCUCGAAGAUCACCCUCUCAGUUUACCAUGAGGCUGACCACUGAGGCCCCCCACAGAUCGACCUCAUAUACUACGGCAACACUGAUGCCUCAGGCCCCCCGAGAACUGACCUCUAAGACCUUGGCCACGCUGACCACUCAGGGCCACCGAGAAAUGACCUCUGAGGCCACUAUCAAGCAGAUCCCUCAGGCCUCCAUGGAGCCAUCCUCUGAGAUCCUAGCAGAGGGAUCUCCAGAGUCAUCCAAAGACUCCUCCCCCUCCCCCACUGGCACCUCCACUGGGGAAUCAGGCCCCUUCCGAGUUCGUCUGGCUGAUGGACCCAACCGGUGUGCUGGCCGGCUGGAAGUGUGGCAUGCUGGACGCUGGGGGACAGUGUGCGAUGACAACUGGGAUCUGCGGGAUGCUGCUGUGGCCUGCUGGGAACUGGGCUGUGGAAGAGUCCGGCCCCGAGUGGGUAAAACCCACUACGGCCCUGGGACCGGGCCCAUCUGGUUGGAUGACAUGGGCUGCAAGGGCAGCGAGGCAUCGCUGAGCGACUGCCCCGCUGGGGCAUGGGGGAAGCACAACUGUGACCAUGAGGAAGACGUGGGGCUCACCUGCACUGGCUACACAGAUGAUGAAGAUUAUCCCCCCUGGACCUGGGACCCCACCUCAGGAGAGGAUCUGGCCAAGGGGACCACUGCUGCACGGGCACCUGGACUAACUCUCUCCUGGGGCACCACCAGGAGCCCUGGGGCCCCCUCCUCAGCAACAAGACACCUUCCGGACACAGGUGACAAGAACAAUUAUGAACUUUCCUGGACGUGGGACACACCUUCUAGAGGAGACGUGGCCAAGGGGACCGCCGCUGCAGGCAUACCUGGAAUCAGCAUCACUACCGCCACCACCAGGAGCCCAGGCCACCCCUUUCCAACUUGGAGGGUCCAUGGGGGCACAGGUUCCGCUAGGAAGCCGUGUCCCGAGCGCCGACUGCGACCGGCUGCGACCAGGACGGCGCUCCCCACCCCUUCCCCAGCUCCCCCCGCGUCACCGGGGCCUCCAGGCCCACUGGUGACCUCCGACUUCGCCCCCCAGGUGACCUCUGAGCCCUCAGCUUCAAGGCGGGAGGUCACCUCCUACCCUCCUGACACUUCGACACCGACCCCUGACCCUGCCUCCUGGAUGAACCCAGACCUCACCUCGACAACUCCUGACCUUGCUUUGUCCACCCCUGACUCCGCUGUGGUUUCAGACCUGACUCCGGAGCUCUCACCCACCCCACCACCCACUUUGCCCAAAGAGCUGACCUCUGACCCGUCUGCACCUGCGGAGGUGACCACUCUUCCCCCUACCUCAGAGCUGACCCCAGAGUCUCACACAACGCCAGACUUGGACACAACUUCAUAUCCCGACACAAUCACAGAACCUUCCGGAUCCCCAGACCCCUCCACAAGCCCUCACCCCACCACUCCCUCCACCACCACCACUCAGCCCUCCACAAGCCUUCACCCCACCACUUCCUCCACCACCACUACCACCACUCACCCCUCCACAAGCCCUCACCCCACCACCACCACUCACCCCUCCACAAGCCCUCACCCCACCACUCACUCCACCACCACCACCACUCAGCCCUCCACAAGCCCUCACCCCACCACUCACCUCACCACCACCACCACUCGCCCCUCCACAAGCCCUCACCCCACCACUCACCCCACCACUACCACUCACCCCUCCACAAGCUCUCACCCCACCACCACCACUCACCCCUCCACAAGCCCUCACCCCACCACCACCACUCACCCCUCCACAAGCCCUCACCCCACCACCACCACUCACCCCUCCACAAGCCCUCACCCCACCACCACCACUCACCCCUCCACAAGCCCUCACCCCACCACUACCACUCACCCCUCCACAAGCCCUCACCCCACCACCACCAUCACUCACCCCACCACUCACCCCACCACCACCACUCACCGCUCUACAAGCCCUCACCCCACCACCACCACUCACCCAAUCACCACCACCAGUCACCCCACCACAACUUCUCACUCCACUGUGACACCUCACCGCACUACCACUGUUGCCGGCCCCACCACAACUCUUCCUCUCACCAUAACUUCUGACCCCACCACAACCUCUAUGAUCACUAGUAUGUCCCUCCCAACCUCCUUGGGGAUAGGACUUCCCUCUCCCACUCCAGCACCGAUGGUUAAACCCAGCCUGUUCCCCCAGUUGACCUCUAUAGGGACCCCUCACCCCUCCACAUCCCGGAUGCAGAGCCUAGGUCCUUUUCCAGCCUCGGAGUCCAGCCCCUCCAGGCUUUCUCCAGCCCCAAGCAUGGACCCACUGUCCACUGAGGACUUCAAACCACCCAGAAACCAGAGCCUCAAACUAACCUCUCCACCUAUGCAGAACCCACUCUCAGCCUCUGACUCCACUGUGAGUCCUGACCUCCACCUCUUCCCCAUGGCCCACCCCUUGGAUCAACCUCCCCCUGACCACAUCUCUCUAGGACCUACCCCUGGUCAAAGCCCAGGCCCCUUUGGCCCAUGCGUGGCCCCAACACCACCUGUAAGGGUCAUGGCUUGUGAGCCACCUGCCCUGGUGGAGCUGGUGGCCACUGUGAGGGACGUGGGUGCCCAGCUGCAGAGGCUGACUCAAGCCCUGGAGCGGGACCAGCAAGAGCGCCAAGCCCUGGGGAUGGGGCUGAGCCAGCUGGUGGAGGCCACCCGGGGCCUGGGGCAGCUGGGUGAGGCAGUGAAGAGACUGGCUGAGAUGGCCUGGGCCCCUAGCACACCCUCGCCAACCACCACCACCCCAGAGGAGGAGGAGGAGGAGAGGCCUCUGAGGGGAGAUGUGUGAUUCUCUGGAAUGUGCAGGGCUUGACACCAACAGGCCAUUCUUGCCACUUACAACCCCCUCCCCUCAAAAAAAAAAUCUAAAUAAAAAGAUGUGAAUGACAGUUUCUGGGGGACUAGAGGAACCCUGGAGAGAGAGAAUCGUGAGAUUGAUCUUGAUUUAGGAAUACCACAGGUGCCAUACCAGGUGAUGAUGAUGGUGAUAAUGGUCAUGGUGAUUAUGAUGGUGAUGAUCAUGGUGAUGAUGGUGGUUAUGAUGGUGUGAAUGGCGGUAAUGAUGAUGGUAACUAUGAUAACAAGGAUGGUGGUGAUGAUUGUGAUGGUGAAGAUGAUGGUGGCAGUGAUGCUGAUGAUUACGACGGUGGAUGGUGAGGACGGUGGUGAUGGUGAUCAUGACGAUUAUGAUAGUGAGGAUUAUGAUAGCGAGGAUGGUGAGCAUAAUAGUGAUGACAGUGAUGAUGAUGGUGAUGAAGAUGACCACUAUAGUAGUGAUGACAGUAAUAAUGAAGUCCCAAGAGAGCAGAAAUCUUUGUCUUGUUCACUGCCGUGUACCCUGCUUCUAGAACAGAGCCUGACACAGAGGUUGCACUCAAUAAAUAUCUUUUGAAUAUAUGAGUGCAUAAUAAUAAUAAUAAUAAUGACUAAUAUUUGUCAGGUGCUUUCUAUGGGUCAGGCUCUGUUUUAAGGUCUUUGCACACAUCAUGUUUUUUCAUCCUCACGACCGCUCACUCAAGGGAAUACUGUUAGCUCAGCAGAUAAGGGGGUUAGCUUUGGGUCCCCAGUGCCCGCGUUGGAGACUUUGCCAGGUGUGAACCUGAGAAGCUACGUAAUCUCUUAAUGUGAAUUUCUCCAGCUAUAAAUGUUGUUGGGUGCUGUCUAGUCAAUUUGACUGAUUGUGACCCCAUGUUUGGCAGAGUAGAACUGCCCCAUAGUUUCCUAGGCUGUAAUCUUUAAGGGAGCAGAUCACCAGGUCUUCCUCCCACGGAGUCGCUGGUGGGUUUGAAGUGUCAACCUCUCAGCAGCCAAACACUUGACCAUUGUGCCACCAGGGCUCCUUACGUACAGCUCGGUAACCUUAAAUAUGUUCAUCAUGUUGUUCAACCCUCAGCAUUCCCAAUUUUUUCCAUCACCUUUCACAGAAGCUUAGCAUCCCCUAAGCGUUGUACAUCAACGCUCUUAACUGCUGCUGCUUCUCUGUGCCUGCCCCUGUGUAGACUCUAAACACACUACAUGCAGUCCUCACCAGGAGUCCCUGGGUGGCACAAAUGGUUAAGUGCUUGACUACUAGCCAAAAAAUUGGUGGUUCGAGUCCACCCAAAGGCGCCUCAGAAAACAGGCUUGAUGAUAUGUUUCUGAAAGGUCACAGCCUUGAGAACCCUAUGGAGCAGUUCUAUUCUGCACACAUAUGGUUGCCAUGAGUUGGAAUUGACUCCACGGCAACUAACGACAUCAGCAGUCCUCACCACAGCCCUUAUAAGGAGGAACAUGGAUCCAUUUCAGAAAGGACACCUUGCCCAGAGCCACACAGCAGAGCCAGGAUCCAAACCCAGAAUGAUGUGAUGUGAACUCCCCAGCUUUUGCCACAGCCUGGGGCCCUUGUCAUGCUCCCACUGUGUGACCUUGGGCAGGUCUCUUACACUCUCUGUAUCUCCUCUGUGCCUUGGCUUGCUGGUCUAUCAGUCGGGGGCUAGCUUGGAAGACCCAAACUCCUAUCCUUGCUCCCGCAGCCUCAGGUAUGAAGCCCUCCCCUCCUCCUCCUCUCCCCAGACUGGUGCCUGGCUUGGAGGUCAUGGAAAGUCACGGAGGCUGGCGCCCCCACAGUCUGCAAAGGCCAGCAGGGUCCAGUUACUCAUGGGGCGAGGGAGGGUGGUAAUGUGUGGGGGUCCUGAUGGAUGGACUCUACCCCGGGCCAAUGACAAAGGAGCACGUGGAGAAUUUUCUGUUCCCCAGAUCUCAUUAAGCCCCAAGACUUAAAUAACUGCUGACUCUUGCCCUGGGGAGGGCUGAGGGAGGGCUUCUGCCUGCCUUCCUGUCCCAGGGUCAGAAGGUGGCACCCCAAUUUGGAAGAAAAGGUCGUCUUUUCCAUUUCCAGGUGAGAGCAGUGAAUCCUGGCUUUGGACCACCCCAAAAAGGGACCAGAAAGUACAGCUUAGAGUUCAGGCUCCUGGCCCCUCUCUGCAAGCCAGAGCUGGGGGCUGUUGGGCACUCUGGCCCAAGGUUCCUCCACCCCCGCCACCCUCUGCCAGCCCCAAAGAAGUGGGUGCUUAAUUACCGGAUCACUCUAUCCCUGCUUGGCUAGGCAGCUAAGCCCAAACAUCUGGCCCCAGGGCCCAAGGCCAGGAUGGGUGGCCAGCCCCCACCCACUGCUGGCCCUGACCCUGGAUGCCUCCCAUGGGACAGCUGAGACUGAUCCUGUGUCUGCCAGCUUGCAACAAGCCCAGAACAGUAGCUACUGAGGUCUAACAAGCUCAGAUGCAGAAAAAUCAUAUGACAAAAUUCAAUACUCAUUCACAGGUUACAAACACCAGAAACUCUUAGCCAAGUAGGAGCAGAGGAAACUUCCUAAGUCAAAUAAAGAGUGGGAAGGAAGACACUAUGUGACAUUUUCUAUGGAGGAUAGGAUUGUUUACACAAAAAAUCCGGAAUAAUUGAGUGGACAAAUUGUUAGCUGGAUUAAUAUUCUGUUGUAUGCAUAUACCACAUUUUGUUUACCCAUUCAUCUGUUGAUGGGCAUUUGUAUUGUUUCCACUUUUUUGGCUGCCAUUAAUAGUGUUAACUAUGAACAUUUGUAUACAAAGUUUUGUGUGGACAUGUUUUCAUUUUUCUUGGGUAGGUAAUUAGGAGUGGAAUUGCAGAGUCAUAUAAUAAUUCUAUGUUUAACUUUCUGAGGAACCACUGAAUUGGUUUCUAUAGUCACUGCACCAUUUUACACUCCCACCAACAAUGCCCAGGGGUUCCAGUUUCUCCAUUUCCUCCUCAACACUUGUUAAUGUUGCUUGAUUACAGCCAUUCUGGUGGAUGUGAAGUGGUCCUGAAGGCUUUCACAACCUCACUUCUCUGUCUUCGCCAUUCAGGUGCCCCAAUUCCAGUUUCCUUCAAGGGAGGGAUGAGUGCCUCACCAAUGCGCCAGCACACACUCGCA